GGCGUCACUCGCGUGAACCGGAAGUCGAAUCUUUUCUCUCGAGUCCAUUGAUAGAAAACAUCAACACAGAUCAUCACGAACCAUGCGCUGAACUCUCUGUCCGUUGAUGGCGGCAAAAUGGGCUCAACACCGGACAGAUUUCGCAGUGUGGCGAUCUGGCUGUUUAUCGCCGGAUUCGUGCAUCUGUCAUAUGGAGAUGUAGUCGAGGUCUCGGACCCGUCGGAUCAGGAGCAGGUUCAGCCUCAGAGGCGCUUCCGGACGGCGGAGAUGGCGGACGCGGUGAUGGGAGCGCCUCAGUCCGCGGAGAUGGAGCAGCUGCUGGGCGAGGCGUGCGCUGACGGGCGGUGUGAGGCAGAGCCGCAGGAGAACAGCGCGUCUGGAGCUCCGGAGCAAACAGAAACGCUGCUGUCAGCCGUCAUUCACACCGACACCGGCGAAACCAAGAACCAGAACUUUACGGAGACCGCCAAGACCUACAAAGUCAACUGCGAUAAAAGGAACAUCAGUGCAGUAGAGCUCUUCACGGUACAGGUUCUCAACGCAUCGCAGGAUCUGAUGGAGCUCCUGAAUGCCAACAGCACCGAAUGUUCCUUGGUUCUCUUUUAUACCACAUGGUGUCAGUUUUCGGCAAACCUCGCCCCUCACUUCAACGCCUUGCCGCGAGUCUUUCCCAGCAUGCACUUCCUCGCGCUUGACGCCUCCCAGCACAGCAGUCUCUCGACGCGGUUUGGGACGGUGGCCGUCCCCAAUAUACUCUUGUUUCAAGGAGCCAAACCGAUGGCCAGGUUUAACCAGACAGAUCGAACGCUGGAAACUCUGACAUCUUUCAUAACAAACCAGACAGGUUUUGAAGCAAGUCCAGACCAGACCGUACAGGAUGAAGAUCGCGUCGGGCCUCUGCCCGCGGUUCCCGUCAAAGGCAUCGACUGGCUCUUUGUGUUUUCGGUCCUGUUCAUAUCGGGCUUCACUCUCUACGCCAUCCUCUGCACCGACAGCAUUCGCUGGCUUAUUCCAGGACAGGACCACGAACAUCAGGACUAGAGUCUGCUGUGUCUGCUCUUCUGUGAUUUGAAUGUACAUACUUGCAGAAUAAAGAAGUGUAAGAAUGUAAAGAA